CAUCUUUGGAGACUCCAAAGCAGCUGCGAGACCGCGCCGUGCGUCAUUACGCAGCAACGCAUGCCGCCCACAGUGGUUAAUGGAAAUCCGCUGACUGAGCACAACCAGUUGUUUGUCCGGUGAUGUGUGCACGCGGACCAGCGGGUGCUGUCUUUUUAAGAUAAACCUGGAUGGAAGUGUCGGUCACAGCCGCAGCGAUCUGACGGAGAACUCCUAACGGCACCGGGCUCUGUUUUUCCCAGGAUGCGCCUACGUGUGUGACAGGCUCUCUGCAAUCGGCGGUUCCAGAUAAACUCCUCUUAGUGUCUCCACUCCUUCAGCAGCCAUGGCAGUGUCGGCAUCAGGAUGGACCGUGUUCACCAUUCUCCUCAUUAGCAGGUUGUUAGAGAGCUCAUUGAUCAACGCAGAAGUGAAGGAAGGAGAGAUUCUGCCUCCUACCAUUCAAAAGCUGAUGAAAGGAUACAACAAGUACCUAAGGCCUUUCUUUGACAAUGGUCCAGUAACAGUGGGCAUGAGCUUGGAUAUCGCCAGCAUUGAUACGAUCUCAGAGAUCAACAUGGACUACACCGCCACCAUCUUCCUCCGCCAGCGCUGGACAGACGAGCGCUUGAUAUUCGAAGGCAACAAGAGCCUGAGUCUGGACGGGCGGCUCGUGGAGCUCCUCUGGGUCCCCGACACCUUUAUCGUGGACUCCAAAAAGUCCUUCCUCCAUGACAUCACCGUCGAGAACAGACUGAUCCGCAUCUUCCCCAAUGGAACCGUUCUGUACGCUCUAAGGAUUACGACCACUGUUGCGUGCAACAUGGAUCUGACCAAGUAUCCGAUGGACAAGCAGACCUGCACGUUACAACUGGAGAGCUGGGGUUAUAACAUUAAUGAUGUCAUGUUCUACUGGACCAGAGGAAAUGCGUCCGUCAGUGGUUUGGACACACUGCAGCUGGCUCAGUACACAGUCGAGGAUUACUACACAUCUGUCUCAGAGGCCAUCUAUGAAACCGGCCAGUACCCCAAGUUGGUUUUCCACUUUGAGCUGAAGAGGAGCAUUCUGUACUUCAUCCUGGAGACCUACGUCCCCUCCAGCCUGCUGGUGGUCCUCUCAUGGGUUUCCUUUUGGAUCUCUCUGUCCUCUGUUCCAGCACGGGUUUGUAUCGGAGUGACCACAGUGCUGACCAUGACCACUCUGAUGAUGGGAGCCCGGACAUCACUGCCCAAUGCCAACUGCUUUAUCAAGGCCAUCGAUGUCUACUUGGGAAUCUGCUUCAGCUUUAUCUUUGGCGCGCUCAUUGAGUACGCCGUUGCCCACUUCUGCACCCUCUCAUACAUGGACCCACACAUGCUCAUGUACCGCCACCAAAUGCAUGACUUUGACGAUGAUAUGAACGGCAUCAUCACCACCAUCUCCACGCAUGCCAGCAGAGCCAAGAGACGUAAGGAGCCUGCCGCGACUCCCUCCACAGCUCCUAACUCCACAGAACUCACUGUCAGACCCUCCAGCCCUUCGGGCAGCGAGCCAAAGCCUGAGGCGUCGCCACCGAAGCCCGUCAACUGGUGCCUCACUGCUCUGGCCACCGUUCGUAAAGUGCUCCGCUCCAUAAACUGCUGUCAUGUGGAGAACCCUCACCACAUAGACAACUACUCGAGAGUCACCUUCCCACUGUCUUUCGUCAUGGUCAAUCUGCUCUACUGGACAUAUUAUCUGUACUUCUAGCAUUUGCUCGAGUGCGGCAUGUGUCCAAUAGAGUGUCAGACAGAGAGCGUAUGUAGACAAGAAGUGUUCUUUACUCUAGUUGCAUUAAGAUGAGUGUGUAUAAUUUAUCCCUUUGGAUUCAUGAGCAAAGUAACAUUCUCAUAUGGGGUUGUUUUUGGGACAACCCCAUUUAUUUUUAUUGGCAUUUUUACUAUAACAUACUUAAGUAACUAUUUGGAUCAAAUUUCAUACGCCUUGAUUUAUUAACAACAGUGGACCUAUCUGGUAUUGACUGGCAAGAUUACAUCAAUUCUGAUACACCUAGAGAUGAAAAGAACAUCGGUGACCUAAAAAAGCACGGCCAGUCUGCAUCUCUGCUGCAAUAGUACAUUUAUUGUGCAGGUUGUUACCAUCUGGGACAGAGAGGAUGGAGCUGUAACUCAAAGCUCUGUCGCCAAAUUUGCUAGCAUUCUCGAGUGAGAGCAAAUGCCUGCCUCACUUUUUACUCUUUAUUGUGUGAUGGAUGGGUCAUUGAUAUGUAAUAGCUUAAUUUUCCAUUUCUGCCGCCAUGUACAGCAUUCAAAGUGGAAAAGGAAAAAUAAUGGGUUGCAGAAGUGAUGUAAAAAAUAGUGUUAUUAUAAAUGUAAACGUCAAGAAACUACGCAUCCCCUAAAUCAUUGCAAAUAAUUGCUGUCCAACGACUUCCAGUGCGCUUCUUCUUGAAUUUAACCUUAUGGUCAUUUUGAGCCCAUUGAACCUCAUCAUAUAAAACCGCAGCAUGUUAGAAAGAGAAAUCAUGGUUGCUCUGUGGUAAACAUAAUGUAGCAUGGAACCAUCUGAUCAUAGCUGACAUGAUUUUCGCAGUUGUAGUAAAUACUUCCAGGGUAACAGCAAGCUCUACCAAUCAGAGAAGUCGCUGAAUAUUGUGACUAGUGUUGUAGUUCUCCUUGACAUCAUAAAUAUAACUCCUAAAACACAGUUGAUAUUAUAAGAACAGGAGUUUACAUAUAUUUUUUGUCAAACUCAGAGCUAGUAUUAUGGCUGAUCAUCAAAAUCUCUAUUCAGAAAAUGAACAGGAUGUUUACUAACGGAACCACGCCUCUAUUUCAGUGACGUAAAGCCAAACAUUGAACAACCAGCUCUCGUUAGCUCGAGCACCAACAAGGCAAACAUUGAUUCUUAAACUAGACUUUGAGGUUCCACGGCAGCUAGGCAGGUGCAAUAGAUGCACAAAAGAUACACCUGGAUGGACGGGUACCAUAUUAUAGUGAAAUACAGUGUAUGAUUUUUCCUCCUUUUGAGGUGCAAGUCGUGUUUCUCACUGUGCUUUUAUAACACGUAAAGCAGUAGCCAGACCUAGAUGUGUUAGACAUUGUAGAGUGAUUUGAAUAUGAAUGAAAUGGCCAAAAUAUUUCAACAGUGUGUCAUCAUCUGUGCAUUAUGAAAAUGGUAAAAUGUCUGGAUACGCUACAACUGAGGUGGCAUAUCACUUUUUCCCUCAGUAUUUGGAUGUGAAUGUCUGCGAGUGAGUGCGUUCAUGAUCAAGUUACACCAUUGUUUGGCCAGCCGUGUUACGGGAGUUUCUCAAUUGGCUGCUUUUAAGCACCUACAUAACAUAUCUAGUCACUUUUUGGACCAACCUUAGCUAUUUUUCAUAUAAGGCAGUGUCAAGUUUUUGACAGGGCUACAUGUAAGUUUUUGCAAUUGCUACGUAGCAUUAGCAUAACAACUGUUUAUUUACCAAUAUGAUGUUGCAAGUUCAACUUCAUUCCUUUACUUGCCAAGAGUUGUCUCCAACAGUGAAAAGCAAUACCAAUUUUACUUCUUGGUUUUGUUUCAGUUUCUGUCACUUGUAAUAGUUGUUUCUACUGAAGUUAGCAUGCUAAUUAGCUAGCCCCAUCUGGCCCGUCUUGUCUCUUUCUGAUAGUGAGUCAAAGUGCAGGCCAGAGGGUGCAGGCCUACGAUAUAUUGUCCUGUAAACACAACAUUAGGUGAAGCUCUUGGCAAGUGUCCAUCACAAACUACCUACCACAUUCAGUGGAGGACAAAGCUUAUAUAAAUACAUUUUUUAACGUUCAGGUGAUUGAGUAUGUUUGUUGCCAGUGACGUGAGCCUAAGAACCAAAGAUUCCAGUUUCAUUUUAGCAAUCCUCUUGCUUUCACUUCAGUUCUUCAACAAGGACAUUUUGAUUGCAUUACCAAAUGAUAAUAUCAUAAUUGAGAAUUCUGAAAUAGCAUGCAGUCAACGAGAAGAUGACAAUACAUUUUCAGAUGGAAAACAGGGUUGAGUUGAACAACAGAGAUGCAUGUUUAUUUAUUGCUGUAUUCAAUAUUGCUGUUACAUAAUCUCACUCAUUUAAAUGGAAACUGAACUGAACAGUCUGUUUAGGCACAAAGCAAAUGUUCCAUUUUCAAGAAUUUGUAUCAUGAUGCAAGCUGGUAUCUAUUUAUGCUCCAUUGCCUUUUAAAUUGUUUCAAUUCAUAUUUUAGCUGCAUUGAUUUGAAUGUUUUAAUCUGUUUUUAAAUAUGCCAUUAUUUACCAAACUUUUUGACUGUUCUCUUUGCCCGCAGAUAUUCGAAAAGUACGAUUUCCUUUCGUUUCUGUUCUUCCUGCAUGAUUAUUGAGUGUAACUUUUGUUUCUUCUGCUUUAUUUGAUUUUCAUUUGGUUCAACAUGAUAGCAGAAAAUCAUAAAAUGCUUAGCUGAGGCUAUAGAAAAGGAAAAAAAAACUUUGAUUGAUAGUGAUGCCACUUUGAUUUGGGGUCUCAUCUGGGUCCAAGAGUGCAGGAUGUUGGAACGUCUGUUCUCAUUUUCAGUUAUUUGAACUUUAUUCUUUGAAAGGAUGAGUGUUCAUGACAGUUAAUUUGCCACCGACUGAGCUGUGUCUGCUCUGUGGAUGUCGGUGAGCACUGACCAGCUGAAAAGGCAAAUGUGAUAAAACACAAACUGUCAAGUUUUAUACAAUAUUGUACCACCAUUGUAGUUUUGAUAGUUAAUCUUCUCAGUAAAUUGUACAAGACACGAAUGCCGUUAUGGAGCCAAAGAACCACAAGAAAGCCACCACCACAGCUUCCUCUCAGUCUGAAUGCAAAUAGAACGUUUUUGUGAUGGAGAUGAUCCAUUCACAAGGCUCAAAAUACCAAUUCCCCCUACGGCUCCACAGUCACAACUGCAUUAUCAGGGCUGGUUUGGUCUGAGUGGACAGCAUUUUGGAUGGCCAUUAAUAACCCAAGGAUGGUGCGAAGAUUACAGAAAUAAAGCUAUGAAGUGGAACAUUAUGGGCAACAUUGCCUGGACAUAUUUGAAGCAACUUUACAGCAACUUUGGGCAAACAGAUAAUAGUGGAAAAUGAUGGACUGCCCUUUUCUUUUCCUGUUGUGAGACGUGUAAAGUAAUGCCUCAAGGUGAUGUUGGCUACCGACCUCACAGUUCCUUGGACUUCAUCUUUAUGUGAAAUGUAUUUAUAUACUGUAAUACCAUGUUAAUAUAGGCAUCGGUUUGCUUAACCUGUUGUAAAUAUAUAGUAACACUAUGCAUGUUUAUCCGGUGUAUGAAUAUGAAUGGUAGCAAUAAAAGAAGUUUAACGUG